AGCUUCCCUCUCACUUGGACUUCUCCUUUCACGUAAUCGCAGUAGCACAACCUUCACUUCACUUCAGGGGCAGCAGCCAUGUCGACCUCUUCGCAACAGCAAGAAGCACCUCUACAACCCUCUCGCAUCUCACCGGAAGCUCAACAACAGAAGGCUUCCCUUACUCUCGCCUCUGAGCCUACCAAGCCCACCAAUCCCUCCUCCUCUUCUUCUUCCCCUUCCCUUCUCAACCAGACGGCCACAACAGCAAAUCGCCUCACCACAGGACAGGUGCCCUGUGCCAAGCGCUCCCUGUUGACGGGUAUCGCUGCGGGGGUGGGCAUCACAGCCGUAGGGGCUAUUGCGGGGAGGAAGAUGUUGCAUGCCUCGAAUUGGGGAGCAGGGGCCUUUGUCUUUGUUUCCUUGGGAACUUGGCAAGUCUGUCGUAGUGCGAGGAGCGCAGAGACCGCGAGGAUGAAGACGAUUAUCGAGGAGCAUAAUAGGAAGGGGCGCGGUGCCGCUGGUAGCGGUCAGUCUGCAUGAUCAAAUAUACCAUGAGCAUUCACACGUACGGACGCUCAUCCGCUGAGCAUGUAGCGC